AUGUCCAAACUGGCCUCUUACUUUUCAAGAUUAAGUCCCAUCCCGACGUUCCCGGAAUACACUGGUCCUUACAAGGUCGGCACCGUCGACGUUGAGAUACCAGUGACGGAUUUGAAUGCCCCCAGUCCUGCACCGCCAAACGCCGUCGAUAUCCCUACAGUGCAGUUUAGAAUAUUUUACCCCGCUGUGCCCGAGUCCGAAAAGCCCAUCCCUUGGCUCCCGAAUCCUCAGAGGCGCCACGUUUCUGCCUACACCAAGUUUGUUGGCGUUGGAUCGACUCUGUCUGAUAUUAUCUCUUUUUUCCCCCGGCAUCUGCAUUACGCAACAAUACCAGCACACAAGAAUGCAGAAGCUGCUGUCCCAAGUGCAGAAACGAAGCGAUGGCCAACCAUGAUCUUCUCCCAUGGGUUGGGAGGAGGACGAAACUCUUACUCGUACGUUGCCGGAUCUCUGGCAUCACACGGCGUCGUCGUCAUUUGCCCUGAACAUCGCGACGGAAGCGCCAUCGUUUCCUUCAUCCGACUUGCCACCCAUUCCAGCAGCCCCUUAUUCUCAAGGCAGAAUUGCCGAGUCGUUCCAUACAAACGCAUUUCUCACGAUGUAACACCUGCGGUAUACGAGGCUCGCGAAGCCCAGCUGCGAAUUCGCAUGUGGGAAUUAGGUCUCAUCCAUGAUGCGAUACUCGCCAUUGACCAAGGCGCACCCUUCACCAACAUGAACCUGACGACUCCAACUCUUGAGCAGCUUGUCGGUCGCCUCGACGUUCACGAGCCUGGGCGCAUCAUCUUCGGGGGGCACAGCUUCGGUGCCGCCACCAUGCACCAAUUCCUCAAAUGCAACUAUUACGCCGGCGUUGCGCAGGUUGCCUCCAUCAAGAAGCCGCUAUUCACUCCCGCCAAGGAUAGCAGCAUACGAAAACAAAUCACGGAAAGAAGCGUCACCAUGCUUCUCGACAUGUGGUUUUUGCCCUUGAAUGCGCCCAAUUCGGCACCACUCUUCAAGCUGCCGCUUCCCGUCUAUGCCGACGUUCCUUCAGCGCCGGGGGGCAGGGCCUUGCUCGCCGUCGAGUCGGAAGCCUUUUACAACUGGACGGAGCACUUGCACGCCAAGGCCAAAGUACUCUCUCCCGACCCAAGCUGCAAAACUGUUACACCACAGCUAUACCUGCGAGGUAACGGCAUGAAACUGCCGGAACCCAAUUUCUUCUACGUCGUCAACUCGGCCCAUCUCAGCCAGUCCGACUUUGGGAUCUUGUUUCCCUGGCUGACCAAGAAGAUAUUCGAUGCUGAGCAGCCGGAGCGGGCGUUGCGUCUCAACCUACGUGCUCAGCUGCAGCUGCUGAGGGAAAAUGGCAUCCCCGUCGCUCGUACAUGUGCUGCAGACUUGGUCGACGGUGUAGUGGUGGACAAGAUAAGAAGCACGCCCAGCGACGGCAUCCAAGAUGACAAGGCAAUCUUUGACAGGAGCGGAAAUGAUGUAGUUGACCAUUGGAAGUGGAUCGACAUGACUGGCCUUGGUGAUUUCGUGGGAGAAAACUUUGGCAACAAAACGGUAGAAGAGCAGGUCGAGGAAGGAGAAGAGAAAAUGAAGGACGAGAUUGAGCCAGGCGAGACGACUGCUGCUUGGUCGGCGGCGCAAACGUUGAGCGCAGCAGCAGCUUGA